CGCCUUUGUCCGUCGCCCAUCGCGCACAAGGUCCACGACUCUGAUUCUACUUCUACACACGACCUAACUAGGCUGCUACAUCUGAUUGAGCCCUACAAGGCUUUUAGCUGGCUGCGCUUGAUCGCUUUUAUUUUCAGCUAAUUCAUUGGCCUCGAACAUCCACAACUCAGGCUCAAUUCGAUGGCGCUCAUGACCCACGGAUCAACCUCGUCUACGACAGUACAUACACUAUGUUCUUCUGCCUCUCUUGGUGCGGGCACAAUGCCCCCUCCGACGUAUAAUCACUUGGAUGCCGCUCAGCGGUCGCGCCUUAUCAAGUCAACCCGCAAGCUCGGCAAGGUGCUCGGCACCACGCCGUACGUCCUCGAGUCUCCUCUACCUCCUCUUCCCUCAUCUCCAUCGACGGGAUCCGUGAAGGAUGCGGCGAGGAAGCGCUGCUCAAUGCCACCGACGCCGACUUCCACUUACGGCGAAUUCAAUUCAGAAUCAGGGUCGGGUGCUAGCUCUAGUCGCACCCGUAAAGUGUCGCUCGUAUCUACGUUGUCCGAUGGCGAAAGCGAGUCAAACUCAUCACACCCUUUUCUCGCGGAACACUCGACGAAUACUAGCCAACAUAGGAAAGCAAGCUCAGAUGGGCUCGCUCCGCUACCAGGAUUUCCCGGUUCCGAUUCAGGGCGUCACAAGUCGAAACGGCCGCAGCAUUUUCAACCCGUUCUGCGCCUUCCACCAGCAAGCAGUUGCAUGAACAAGGAUCUGCCUUCGCCACUCCCCGAAUCUCCCUUCCCAUCAGACUACAAACUUGUUUCCGAAAAUCGCGCAGAUCUAGCUACAUCCGUUUCCCCUAAGUCGCCAACGUCCCCUGUUUCUCCGUCCUCUGAAAUGCCCCCGACUCCUCCCUCAGCACUGAUCGACCCGGUUGGAAAUGCGUCCGUCGCUCUGCCUGACGACAUACUCUCCUACCCUGGCAUUGGUGCUAUGUCUAACACGAUCGUGGACGAGUCCCGAUUACGCAAACGAAGGAUGGAGAAACUUAUGCGUCACCUCGGUGAAUGCGUCCCCAGCGAACUCGUCUUCGGGAACUCACGCCCUCGAGAAGCGACUUCUAUCUCCAUCUGCAGCCCGCCGAUGUCACCCACCACACAAGAUUCACGGAACUCGGGGCUGGGCAAGACGAAAGACUCUCAAUCGCGUGUGAUGCGCCGAGUCAGCGUCAUCUCCGGUUAUCGAAGGCGUGAUCCCGACCGGUCAUUUGUGGAGGAGGAUCAAACCACUAGCUUCGACUGUCUCAGUGAGCCUGAGCACGGGACCACUGGACGUAUCCAUGCCGUUCUCAUGCGCGAGAAAAACAAAAUUCAUGUCGCACGAGGGGACAGGAGAGAGAAGGAGAGGCAACUUGUUGAGGACGACUGGACACCUGAAGCGUAUGAGGACGUGGUGAAGAGGUUGCGGCGGCUCAAAUGAGCCAUUGCCCCCUCUCCUUGUGUCGUUUGCAUCCACUAGAUGCCAGUGCAUGUUUCGUUUGACUAGUUUUCCGAAGUCGGUGAUUCGUCGCAAUGUCUCAUGGAUUUCCGUGGGUCUGAUCGUAACGAAGGAGGCGCUGUAUGGUUGUUGCGCUGUAUUUUGAUAUGGUAUGCCCGUGCACAUGGUUUAUGCUAUGCUACUCCCAUGCGCAUUCUUUUCUUUUCUCCACUUUUCGAUUACUUUCCUCUUCGGUUUUGUUCAUAUUCUAAUUUUAUUCGUACUUAAUCUCUUCGUACAUUCUAUUUUCAUAUACUUUCUACUGUUCAUGAGCGAGUAUUUCCGAUUGACAAAGUAAUUUAUAGGGAACUCGUAUUACUGCUGGUCUAACUGCCUUUCUCGUUUCUCAUGUCAUUUUCCGGACCACUUCUCCUAUUUUCUUUUAAUCCGUCAUCCCGCCUUUUUCCACGUCAGCCGUCCUUGCUCAUUCUGCCCACAUAUGCUCAUGCCUCGUUUCCAUGCGCCUCUUUUUCUUAUCUGGUCUAAAAGCUUGCUUGAUGAAGGAUGAUAC